GUGAGUGUGCACCUAUAGUCUAGAUGAUCAAAUCUGGUAUGUCUUGACUUUAACAAAAUAGAAGACUCAAAACACAAACUCCAAAUGCAAACCCCAAAAUCCAACUCAAAAUUUACAUAGAUCUCAUCAUCCCAAAAUUAAACACCCAUCAACCUCCAUUACCAAAUCCACUCCAAAAUGACUCCAAAAACUCACAAAUCAAACAUUUCUAAACUCUAAAAACUCAUAAUUUGUGUCCUCACUUUCAAAAAGACCAUGCCUUUCUCAUCUUACAUCGGCAGCAACACCCGCCGUGGUGGCGGUGGCGCCUCCUCCACUUCCGGAGGCACCUGGGCUCAGUCAAUCCUCCCAUCAACCACCACAUCAAAAUCAAAGCUUCCCUCAAGAAAACCAAGAAAAAGAACAAUCCUCAUCAACUUUUUAUUCACAAACUUUUUCACCAUAGCUUUAUCAAUCUCACUCCUUUUCCUGUUCUUCACAAUCCUUCAUUUUGGUGUCCCAAAACCAUUCUCUUCAUUUAAAUCAAAGCCCACUUCACAUUUCAGCAGGAACCGAAAACCCGCUACUCGAAAGCCCCCAUCUUUGAAUGUGAAUGAUGAUAAAGGUGUGGUGUUGGGGUCUGUUGUGGACAUAACUACUAAAGAAUUGUAUGAUAGGAUUGAGUUCUUGGAUGUGGAUGGUGGGCCUUGGAAACAAGGGUGGAGAGUGAGCUAUGAGGGGAAUGAGUGGGAUCAUGAGAGAUUGAAGGUGUUUGUUGUGCCUCAUUCUCAUAAUGAUCCUGGUUGGAAGUUGACUGUUGAUGAGUAUUAUGAGAGGCAGUCUAGGCAUAUUCUUGAUACUAUUGUCUCAACUCUUUCUAAGGAUGUUCGGCGGAAGUUCAUAUGGGAAGAAAUGUCUUAUCUGGAAAGAUGGUGGAGGGAUGCGACAGAGGAAAAAAGAGAAUCAUUUACAAAUUUAGUAAAGAAUGGUCAGUUAGAAAUUGUUGGAGGUGGCUGGGUGAUGAAUGAUGAGGCCAAUUCACAUUAUUUUGCCAUAAUUGAGCAGAUUGCAGAGGGAAAUAUGUGGUUGAACGACACCAUUGGGUUUAUUCCUAAGAAUUCAUGGGCAAUAGAUCCAUUUGGUUACUCACCUACCAUGGCAUAUCUUCUCCGUCGAAUGGGUUUUGAGAACAUGCUUAUCCAAAGGACCCACUAUGAGGUAAAGAAAGAACUUGCUCGGCAUAAGAAUUUAGAAUACAUCUGGCGUCAGAGCUGGGAUGCGGAGGAAUCAACUGAUAUAUUUGUUCACAUGAUGCCCUUCUAUUCUUACGAUAUUCCGCAUACUUGUGGGCCAGAGCCUUCUAUUUGUUGUCAGUUUGAUUUUGCUCGAGUCCAUGGCUUUUAUUAUGAAUUGUGCCCAUGGGGAGAACAUCCAGUGGAGACCAGCCAGGAAAAUGUACAGGAAAGGGCAGAGAAGUUGCUAGGUCAAUAUAAGAAGAAGUCGACAUUAUACCGGACUAACACUCUCCUUGUUCCUCUUGGAGAUGAUUUCCGCUAUCUCAGUGUUGAGGAAGCAGAAGCUCAAUUUCGGAAUUAUCAAAUGUUGUUUGAUUAUAUAAACUCUACUCCAAAUUUAAAUGCAGAGGCAAAAUUUGGAACUUUGGAAGAUUACUUUCAGACUCUUCGUGAGGAGGCUGAUAGAUUAAAUUAUUCACUUCCUGGGGAGAUUGGGUCUGGUCAGAUUGGAGGUUUUCCAUCUCUUUCUGGUGACUUCUUUACUUAUUCUGAUAGGCAGCAAGACUACUGGAGUGGUUAUUAUGUUUCGAGGCCUUUCUUCAAGGCUGUGGAUCGAGUGUUAGAGCAAACACUCCGUGCAACAGAAAUGAUGAUGUCUUUGUUACUGGGUUAUUGUCAGAGAGCACAAUGCGAAAAGUUAGCUACAGGAUUUGGCUUUAAGUUAACUGCUGCCAGGAGAAAUCUAGCUCUUUUUCAACACCAUGAUGGUGUGACCGGUACUGCUAAAGAUCAUGUUGUUCGAGAUUAUGGACUCCGGAUGCAUACUUCGUUGAGGGACUUGCAGAUUUUCAUGGCUAAAGCCGUUGAAGUACUUCUUGGUAUCCGCCAUGAAAAAUCUGAUCAUAACCCAUCUCAGUUUGAGGCAGAACAGGUGAGAUCUAAAUACGAUGUUCAGCCAGUGCAUAAGGUAAUCAAUGCCCGUGAAGGGACUUCACAAUCCGUGAUCCUGUUUAAUCCCUUGGAGCAAACUAGAGAAGAGGUCGUGAUGGUUGUUGUUAAGAAACCAGAUGUUGCUGUUUUGGACUCAAACUGGACUUGCAUUCAUAGUCAAGUCUCUCCUGAACUGCAGCAUGAUAAAACUAAAACUUUUACCGGGAGACAUCGUGUCCACUGGAAAGCCUCUGUUCCUGCCAUGGGGUUGCAAAUUUAUUAUAUUGUUAAUGGUUUUGCUGGUUGUGAAAUCGCCAAACCAGCAAAAAUAAAGUACAUCUCAAUGUCGAAUACAUUUUCAUGCCCGCCUUCAUAUACUUGCUCAAAAGUAGAAGACGAUGAGGUUGAAAUCCGGAAUCAACAUCAAACACUCACCUUUGACAUGAAGCUUGGUUUGUUGAGGACUAUUAACCGUAAAGAUGGUUCCAAAAUUUUUGUGGGCGAGGAAAUAGGUAUGUAUUCUAGUCCGGGGAGUGGAGCCUAUUUGUUUAAACCUGAUGGUGAUGCUCAGCCUAUUGUUGUGGCGGGUGGGAACAUAGUGAUCUCUGAGGGAUCACUAAUGCAGGAAGUGUUCUCUCAUCCGAAGACAGAAUGGGAUCAAACUCCUAUCUCCCAUAGUACUCGAAUUUAUGACGUGGAUAACGCUAUACAAGGGCUUCUUGUUGAGAAAGAGUAUCAUGUCGAGCUUCUUGGCAAGGAUUUUGAUGACAGGGAAUUGAUAGUUAGAUACAAGACAGAUAUUGAUAAUAAAAAGGUUUUCUAUUCUGAUUUAAAUGGCUUUCAGAUGAGCCGAAGAGAAACUUAUGAUAAGAUUCCGCUGCAGGGGAAUUACUAUCCUAUGCCCUGUCUAGCCUUCUUGCAAGGAUCCAGUGGCCAGAGAUUUUCUGUUCAUUCUAGGCAGUCCCUAGGUGUGGCAAGCCUUAAAGAAGGAUGGUUAGAGAUUAUGCUUGACCGACGUUUGGUCAGGGAUGAUGGACGUGGUCUGGGUCAAGGAGUGAUGGAUAAUCGUCCAAUGAAUGUGAUCUUUCACAUCCUUGCGGAAUUCAACAUUUCUGCCACUUCAAAUCCCUUAUCCAAUCCUGUACCUCUGAGUCCGUCUCUUCUAUCUCAUACUGUUGGAGCUCACUUGAACUAUCCGAUGCAUGCAUUUGUUGCAAAAAGUCACCAGGAGUUGUCCGUUCAGCCGUCUCCGAAAUCCUUCUCUCCUUUAGCUGCUCCGUUACCGUGUGACUUGCACAUAGUGAACUUCAAAGUUCCUCGGCCGUCAAAAUACUCUCAGCAGCUGAUGGAUGAUUCUAGGUUUGUUCUUAUUUUACAGCGACGACAUUGGGAUACUUCAUAUUGUCGGAAAGGCGGAUCACAAUGCUCUACCAUUACAGAUGAGCCUUUAAAUCUUUUCAAUAUGUUCAAGGGACUUGCUGUACUGAAUGCAAGGGCAACUUCUUUAAAUCUUCUUCAUGAAGAUACAGAAAUGCUCGGGUACUCUGAGCAGGUCGGAGAUGUUUCUCAAGAGGGACAUGUUUCGAUCUCUCCUAUGGAGAUACAAGCAUACAAGUUGGAGUUACGGCCGCAUCAGUGAGCACAAAGUUGUUGAUUUACUUAUUUUGCCUGUGUCAAUGAUGAUAGUACGAGUUAGCAGCCUAACAGUGACGUCUUCAUAUCCGAUUGUCGUAUAACUCACCGAAAGCUUCUCGUGAUCCAAGAGUAUUAGCCGUCGGAUGCAAUCCCAUGAAAUACUUGUUGGAGCUGAACUGAUGGAAUUAGCAGCAGGAACAGAAACAUCAUGUGAAGUUAGACUUGCCUUGUGAAGUCCUAUGGAAGGUAUUGAUAGACACUGCUGCUGUACAAUUUCAGUUAUUGAUUUACAUGAUAGAAAGUUUUGUAUGCGAUUAUGGGUAACUGGUCUGCAAGAAACGUAGAUAGACGUUGAUAUAAUAUUCGAUUUUCGCCAUUGUUCUUGCACCGGAAUUUAUUAGGUUCGAUGUAUUUUAUUUCUUCUAAGAUACCUCUUGAAAGAAAAGUAUUUGCAGAGGUAAUAUGAAGGAGUUCGGUUUUAAGAGUAA